AUGUUACCAAAUAAAUUCGGUCUGUGCGGCAAGGACAUCGUUAGCACAUCGGACAAACUGCUUGUUGAAGGCGAUUCUAGUGGCUAUUUUUCAGCUGCUUCAACAACAGUGUCGAUUCCACCAUUUACUGCAUUUGAUUCAGCGACAGAACUAUGGCCUGAUUACUGGUCAAGAUUCCGUACGUUUGUGGCUGCUAAUGCUGUACCUGAAAAACGCAUGGCACAAGUGUUCCUGACCAAUCAGACUGCUACUGUUUACAAACAACUUGCUAAUCUGGCUACCCAACAAAAUCCGCCUAAAGAUAUCAACAACUUGAUAAUGGACGAAAUCGUUGACUUCAUGAAGGAACAGUUCGACCCUAAACUUUUCAUUAAACUCGGAGGUGGAUUCGGAUAUACAAAGAUAGACCUUGCUGAUGCCUAUAAUCAGAUCAAACUGGCUCCAGAAAGUCAACGCAGACUCGCACUCAGCACUCACCGUGGAGUACUCCUGCAACAACGACUCCCUUUCGGAAUCAAGUCAGCACCUGGUUACUUUCAGGAGAUCAUGGAAAACCUGACCCAUGAUCUACCUGGAGUGGCCGUCUGA